CUGUGGUGGUCUCUUCGUAUACUAUUUUAUUUAUUUAGCUUUCGACCGUGCGAUUUAAAAACAUUAAAAUUAUACUAAAACAAAUAAGUAAAAAUUGAUUAACCUUACGUAUUUGUUUAAUUACGAAACCAAGUAAGGUUUCGUGUACCUAUUAUAAUUCUUGAUGUGUCAAUAAAAUUACAACAAUUUAUUUGUGUCAACUUUACUAUCAUCUGAAUAGUUACUUAAUAAGUACAAUGAGUAGUUCAGAUCUUAUCUUAGGAAAUAAAAAAUUGAACAUGGAUGAAGAUCCUCUAUUAUUGAAGACAAAAACCCCAGGUUUAAAAUGUGACAUUGUUAAUGAAUGUCAGAUGUUUUUAAAAGCUGAAGAUGGAAGUGGUGAUUCUGAUUUAAAUGCAGUGAGAAGUAUAGGAGAGGGCAAAGCAGAUAAUGCAAAUUUUGUUACUUCAACUCCAGAUCAAAAGAAAGACUCUUCCUCAGAAAAAGAAAUUAGAGAUUCCAAACCAGAGGGUGAUGUUGAUGAUUUGCCAUUAGAUAAUGGAUUACCAAACACAGUGACGGUGCUAGAUGCCCCAGAUGGUGGUAAAGUUUAUUUAGUUGGCACAGCUCACUUUAGUUUGGAAUCACAAGAAGAUGUGUCCAAGGUCAUACAAGAAGUUAAUCCACACAUAGUGAUGGUGGAAUUGUGUCUACAAAGAACUAAUAUGUUACUUCUAGAUGAGGAAAUAAUAUUAAGGGAAGCUAAGAAUAUAAAUAUUAAGAAAAUUAGGGCAACAAUGGCACAAAAUGGAGUGUUCAAUGGCCUUAUGUAUAUUUUGUUGCUGAACAUGUCGGCUCAUAUCACUAGAGAAUUGGGUAUGGCUCCAGGCGGAGAAUUCCGACGUGCCGUGGCCGAGGCUAAAAAACUUCCGAACUGCAUUGUACAACUUGGCGAUAGAGCAAUUGAUAUCACUCUCCACAGAGCGAUAGCCUCUUUAUCAUGGGGACAAACUAUACGAUUUGUAUGGCAUCUGCUCACUUCCAAUCAGACCAUUAGUGCUGAAGACGUUGAGAAAUGUAAACAGAAAAAGAUGUUGGAUGAUAUGUUAGAAGAGAUGUCUCAGGAGUUUCCAGCCCUUGAGCGAGUAUUUGUCGUUGAGAGGGAUAUGUAUCUCUGUCACUCUCUACAAGUGGCAGCAUUGCAACCCCGUAGAGAACCUUGUCGCAUUGUCGGUGUUGUGGGUAUUGGUCAUGUCGCCGGCAUUGCACAGCAUUGGGGCAAGAUUGGGCCACAAGACAUAAAACCUCUAUUGGAGGUGCCGCCGAUGUCCGUGUCGACGCGCGUGGUGCGGAUGACGGCGCGGGUGGCGUGCGCGGGCGUGGUCGUGUGGAUCGCAUGCCGCUUAAUACCGCGCCGCUGGCUGCCUUGAUCGCGACCCGGCUACUACCUCCCACAUCUACCGCCACUCGACCAUCUGCAUAAUAAUUUCUUGAAGAGUACGGAAGUGUUAAGAAGAUUAAUAUAAAAGCUACAGACUGCGUUUACGUACAUUAAGUUGUAAAAAUAAUGUUUAAUGUGAUCUAUAUGUAUGUAAAUUAUGUAAUCUACAUUGAAAUUUUCCCAAUUAAUUUUGCGCCGCUCCUAUAUUAUUUAUUAUUAUAUUAUAUGUUAUUGAUUACCAUAAUUGUAACGUAGCAUCACAACAUCAUUAUUUAUUCGUAACUUUGAAAGUCUCAAGUCGUUAAUUUAAAAAUUACAUUUUAUUAAUUGUCAUUGUUAACUUUUACAUAGGACAUAUUAAUCAAAUUUUCGUUGACUGUAAUAUUUUUUCUAUACACUUAUACUUUUGUAUUACAAUUGCUUGGUAUUAAUAAUUCAGAAACAUACAAAACGUACUAAAUUACAUUAAUUUGUAAACUUCAUAUUAGAGGAGUAAUGUUUUUGAAAUUGUUGAUGUAAAGAUUGAUUGAACUUUUAAAUAUUAUCUUGUAAUAAAAUAAAAAAUUUGCCGAAAAUAAUUUUCGAAUAAAUAAACAUGAAAAUGAUGAUGAUUAUAUUAUAUUAGGUGAUAGUAGUGAAAGAAUUUAACUAGCUAACUCCGUCUAAAUUAUGUCGUCUAAAUGCUACAUAUUUUUGGAACUUGUUAUGAUAUUUAUAUAUUAUUAAUAUUAUGCGUCCGUAAGCUAAGGGAGAUGUGGCGUAAAUAGCGAGUAUUAUUUGUUUAAAAAUAUACUAAUGUUGACGAGUGUGGGACUACCACGGCAGUCAUCGAUUACAAAAGAAUUCGUUUUAAUGUUAUAAGUAUUGGUCUACAUAAAGUUAGUCGACUAUCGUAGUGAAUGUAACACUCGGUUAGCCCUCCUUUCGGAACUGUACGAAUUCUACUCGGUUAUUUCGUUACAACUGCCUUCAAAAUAGUCUCUCUAUAUUUAUAAAAUAUUUAGAGUUAUUUAGGAAAAUAAAACGCAAACUAAAAUUGAAUUUUUAUACAGCUUAUAUUGUUGUAUAUAUAUCGCUUAUAUAGUUAUUAGUUAAGUCAAAUUAAAGAAGGCAAAGGUUAUAUUAUAGGUAAUAUUAAAUAUAUAUUGUAUACUACGUAUCCUAUAGCUGGGGUGUUAAUACAAAAGUUAUUCGUUCAUGUCUAUAUACAUAUGAUUAAGUACGAGUACAUGCUCAGGGUGGCCAUGCAGAUUGGUCAAUUUUCGAAAAUGAAAACACUGAAUUGAAUUAUUUUGAAAUUUCUAUUAUAAGCUAUUAAUUUAAUUAUACUAUAGAUUAGUUUUCUUUUAAUUAUAAAACAAGAAAAAUAUAGAAAUAUACUGUUCUAUAUCUUAUAAUCCGUGUCACGUUGU